AUGUCUUCUCUUUCAAGUAUUGUAAAUUUUUAUUUACCCGAAUCAGAUCGAGUCGAACUCAAUCAAAGCCUUUCCAAAUGCACAGGUGAUACCACAGAGAUUUUCACAAAACAAGAUUUCGAGCAAUUCAACAAUGAUUUGAAUUUCGUAAAUGAAUUAGGAAAUAAGAGAAGUGCUGUCUUUUUGGGAAAUCCACAAUCGGGAAAAACCACGAUCAUCCAAUGUUUGACCGCCAUGCUUAACCCAAGAACUCAAAAUCCUACUCCUAACUCCGCUUCCAGCGCCUCCUCUUCUGAUACGAAUACAAGCAGCUCUCCAUCUGUUGCCUCUCAAAAAUAUGGAAGAAAAUAUGGAGCUGACACUCAACAGAAGAAUAACUUUUCAAUUGAAGGUUCAACUGUUUGUCACGCUGGCUUGAAUCUUAUUGAUCUGAGAGGAAUAUUUGAGAAGGAGUUGAAUGAAAGUGAUGAAGCACUUCAACAAACAAGACAAGAUAUUUUGCAUCAAUGCAAACCGAACAUGAUUGUCGUAGUAUUGAAAGUUCAUAAUGUGAAAGAAAUUCCACAUUGCUACGACAGGGAAUUGUAUGUGUUGAGGGAAGCUGCAUAUUUGCGUACGAAAUUGAUCGACCAGAUGAAAAAAACAACACCAAAUGCAAAAGGCAUUCUUCCCAUCCACAUUGUUGUGCACUUUAUAGAUGAGUAUGAUGAGACCUAUCAGCAAUUUUGUGAGCAUGUUGAAAACUAUGUGGAUGAUUACAAACUCGUCCAACAUCGCCAACAUCUCGCAGAAGUCGAAGAAGCAAAGAAGCUUGCAGAGGAAAAUAAGCAACAAGUGACACAAGCAUUGAAAUCUAUUGAGGAGAAUGAUUUAAUUUUGGAUGCAGAGUCCAGACAACUCUCACAACUCAUCGAUGCCACCGAAAGAGAAAUUCAACAGCUUAAAACAGAAGAGCAUGGUGAAAAUCCAAAUGUCUUGUCUCAGAAUAAUAGUGAAGCAGCCUCUGCUCCUUUGUAUCCAAAUUUCUCACACCAUGAAAAUCCAAAUUUUAAUGUCAGCGUCACUGGGCAAGAGAAAACUUCUACUAGCAGUACUGAAGCGACACCAAACAACAGCAACUCCAAUUCCACACCCACGAAGGCAACAUCUUCAUUUUCUUCUCUUUUUGGAAUGAUUUAUGGCGUAUUUAAAAGAGGUCCAAAACAAGAAUCAUCCAGUACAGAGCUCCCCUCUCUCCCACAACAACUUCCACCACAAGUGAACGAAAAGUUAGAGAUCUAUUCACAAAAAUUGCAAAUUAAGAAUAGAUACAGCCAUGAGCGUAACCUGAUUGAGAAUAGAAGAUAUCAACUUGAUCUCCAGAAAAUUGAGCAUCAGUCCACGCUCUCUCGACUCAAUGAAGAGAUUACUCGCUACGAAGAAUACCUGAAGGACAUGAAGGAAGUGAAAGAGAAUAUUCCAAAAAUUGUUCAAAGGGCAUACAUGAAAGCGUAUGAUGAGUUACACCACAAACAAGAAGAUCAUAUCAAUAGAAUUCGAGAGGAAUUUAAAAAAAACUCAACCUUUAACAAGCUACUCUAUGAAAGUGGUAUUUUAACUAAGAAUUCUGGAACAAAAGAGAAUCAACAUGUUUACUUCCACUUCACAUGCGUAAGGUCCGACUACGCCAAAGAAAAACACAAAGCUCUUCUUUUUAAUUGGGGAUUGAAACAACUUGCAGAUAGCAUUCAAACGUGCCGAAUUACCAUGUUUGAAAGAGUGUCUAUUGUCACAGAUGAUAUGAGAAGAAUUCUGGCUGGAAAGAUUAUUGAGAAAUUUGUAGAAAUUGCUGAAAAGAAAGCAAAAUUAAUGAGCGAAAAUGGUGGUGAUAAAAGUGACUAUCCUCCCGUAUUUUGGAAAUUACUUCUUAGAACCCUCUCCAUGAUUGGUGACCAGAAAAAUCAUCCCACACGAACGUUUGAGUAUGCUUGGAAAAUUAUUAGCGAAGGAGAUGAAGUGAAAACAGCCACCUGGUACUAUGACAUGUCUAAGGUGGCCUACAAACUAGGUUUCAUCAUUAGACCCAUUAUUCCAUUAGGAAAUUGGUGUCACAAAAAAUCUCGUGAAAAGAUUCCACUCGUGGGUGCGUGGGCCACUAAUUUUUAUUUAGGAGCCAGAGGUCCUGAAUAUGUGGUUGGAAAUAGUUAUUCAAACAAGAGAAAAUCUGUUUUUAAAUUCAUGAGCUCCUCCAAGGAAGGAUCAACCAAAGCACCGAGUGAGGACACGUCAGAAAUACCUGAAUCGAAUAGCAAACGAAACAGAAAAUAG